UUAGUUAAGAAUUAAAUAAUGGACACUUCUAGUCGGGUCUGGGCCAGGAAUCUUAAGCGAGGACGUCUUUAUUGCUCGUGAAUGGGCCAGCACUCAGUAGCGCCUCUCUGUCGCAAUUGAAGCUCUGUACAAUCGCGCCAACCAUUGAAGAAGAAGAAGAAGAUGAUGACGAUGGAGGAAGCAACGAAGGCAUCAUCACCGUCGUCUUCAGCAGCAGCAGGAGGAGGAGGAGAAGAAGAGGAAGUGUGGAGUUGGGGGGCAGGCACGGACGGUCAGCUUGGGACGGGCAGGCUCGGCGACGAACACCUCCCUCGCCUCCUCUCUCUGUCUCUCCCCUCCUCCAUCUCACUCCUCGCCUGCGGCGGCGCCCAUGCCAUCGCCUUGUCCUCCGGUGGGAGAGCGUUCAGCUGGGGAAGGGGAAUCUCCGGGCAGCUGGGGCACGGUGAGGUCGCGAGCAAUUGCUUGACGCCGAAGGCCGUGACGUCCUUGGAGGGUUACUUCAUCACUGGUGUUUCUGCUGGUUGGAGCCACUCUGGCUUCGUCUCAGAUGCCGGAUGCCUGUUCACUUGUGGAGAUGGCUCGUUUGGUCAGCUUGGUCACGGAAACCACGAGUCGUGUUCCUCUCCCGCCGAGGUCUCAUACUUUUCGUCUAAGCACGUUGACCAGAUAGCCUGCGGCUUGCGUCAUUCGCUUGUCUUGUUGAAAGGCGAUCACAAAAAUGGAGUUUAUGGAUUUGGGUCGUGUAAACGUGGUCAGCUUGGUCCUACCAGUAAUAGAACAAGAUCAACCGGCCUACCUCAGGCUAUCCAAGGACUGGAGAACAUUGAGAUCGCUAGUGUAGUCGCUAGUGGUGAUCAUAGCGCAGCAUUAUCCUCUGGUGGAAGAGUAUACACUUGGGGAAGAGGGUUCCCUGGCUUUUCUGAUGCUCAUUCUCCGGUGGAGUUGCCUUCUUCAUUGCAGAUCAAGCAGAUCGCACUUGGAUGGAAUCACGCAUUGGUGUUAACGGAUGGUGGUGAAGCUUUUAUUCUUGGAGGCAACCGCCAUGGUGUUCUGGGCAAUCUAGAGAAGCUGGGCUUGGCCAAUAAUACACCCGAUGUAUCAACAUUGGUUCUAGAGAGAGUUCCUGGUCUUGAUGGGAUAAAGGUGAUGCAGAUUGCUGCGGGAGCUGAACACUCAGCUCUAGUGACAGAGGAUCUGGUAGUGAUGACAUGGGGAUGGGGUGAGCAUGGCCAGCUUGGCUUGGGAAGUGCUUGCGAUUGGAUUGAACCUCAAGAAGUGAGUCUAGGUCACACACUUUCAGGUCAUUGGGCAAAAUGCAGUAUCUACUGUGGAAGUGGCUUUACCUUUGUGAUGAGGAGUCGCACAUCGAGUGGUCUUCAUCAAGAUGAUUAGUCAAUCUCUUGGCUAUUAAGGCACCCGUUUCAUC